AUGAUCGUGCUGAUGUGGAAUAAGUGCUCCUGCUGUCUCCUCUUACUAGCCGCGGUCCUGAUUGUGGAGAGCUCCCAGCUAGACAGCUCCAGCUCCAAGGUGAACUCCAUCAAGUCCACCCUGAUGGGGGAGGCUCCAACUCGGGCAACCAACAGAUCUGCAGGGAUCCACCAGGGACUGAUGCUUGCUAGCAGUAAGAAAGGCAAAAUGCUAGAGCAGAUGGGAAAACCUCCCAAGCACUAUCACCGGCAAGGAGAGGCCUAUCCCUGCACCAACGAUAAGGAAUGUGAGGUCGGUCGGUACUGUCACAGUCCUCAUCAAGCCACCUCUGCGUGCAUGGUGUGCCGGAGGAAGAAGAAGCGUUGCCACAGAGACGGCAUGUGCUGCCCUGGGAACCGCUGCAACAACGGUAUUUGCAUACCAGUCACUGAAAGCAUCCUUACACCUCACAUCCCUGCUCUGGAAGGGCCACGAAACAAGAAGAAUGGUCACUAUGCUAGCAAGGACUUGGGAUGGCAAAACCUGGGGAGGCCACGCUCCAAAAUGUCACACAUAAAAGGACACGAAGGCGAUCCCUGCCUACGGUCAUCAGACUGCAUCGAGGGACACUGCUGUGCUCGCCAUUUCUGGACCAAAAUUUGCAAGCCUGUGCUGCAUCAGGGGGAGGUGUGCACCAAACAGCGCAAGAAAGGCUCCCAUGGACUGGAGAUUUUCCAACGAUGUGACUGUGCCAAGGGCUUGUCUUGCAAAGUAUGGAAAGAUGCAACCUCCUCUUCUAAAUCAAGACUUCAUGUGUGCCAGAAGAUCUGAAUGAGGAUUGAGAAGGCAGUAUUGAGUGACUGUGGCUUUGUGUAUUUAAUGCGUUACAGCGAUAAACAAGAACUGCAAAUGAAAGCAAAAUGGCUAAAGUAACGGUUAGGGUAGGAGUAGAAGUCAUACCAAGUGCAUUUCUUUUUGAGCUGGUGGUAAACACAAGGUGCAGCUGGAGUUCUCCUACUGGUCAUCUCUCCUGUAAAUAACUUCUGCAGUUUGUGGGAAAUGCUAGAUUGCAAACCAGUACAGUGGGCAUGAAUGUCACUUACCUUGCUGUGUUCUGUGAUGUUUCAGGGCUGUUAGUGGGUUUCCUGCCUGGGGAUGACUGCUAAGAAAAUUGUAUACAUUGUACAUAGGAAGCAGUGCGCUCCAAGAGGACUAAUCUGUCAGCAAGUUAUUUGCCACAUUGCAGCUGUGCAAAAUGGAAAUAAAGUUACUGUGAAUGUCCACACAACCUUGUCAUUCAGCAAAAGCAAGCACUCCUGCAGGACAAGAGUGCUCUGUUUCGGAGGCCCUCAUGAAAGAGGUGAAAACUCACCCUCUCACAGCAGUUUCUGUAAGAGGAGACAUGUAAACCGGGGGUUGUUUCCUGUAUGUUGGUAAAUUGAAAUGCUUUAUGUAGUUCAAUGUCAUAGUAUGGCACUUAAGAGCUUGUGUUUGCCUCAGUUUACUGCUAGUGUACAUUAGGUUGAACAGAUGAAGCAAAUACAUGCAUGCUGAAUCCAGAAUUAUAUACAGACAGUUGCUCAUUAGUCCUAAAUAUACUUUCCUUGCCUAAGCAUACUUGCAUUAUAGACAUUUCCAAAAGAAAUGGCAGUGUUGAAGUGCCUAACUCAAAGAGCUAUGAAGUUGUUUUACUGUUUCUGCUAUAACAGAUGAUGUAGACAUUUGUUGAGGUGUUUAGAGCAUACUGCUACAAACUCAAUUUUUUACAUUUCAUUAGUACCAACAGGCUACUGAUGGCACUCUGGAGAAGUGUAACAUUUCUUUCUUAGAGGCAGCAGAGAAAAAGGAGUUGGCUCUUGUGAGAACCCCUUCUCCUGCAGAAAAGGAUGUAAGAAGAUGGCAUGACUGCAAUGACUCGUUAUGCUUCAUGUGAUGUCACAGCAUACCAGCCUCCAGCACGUAUUCAUCCUGGACUUGAUGUCCUCAGUCUGGACUGUUCUGCCAGGAAUGAUGGAAGUACAUGGACUGUGGAAACAGCUGACAUGUCUACAUUGUUUGCCUGUUGGUUAAAAAGGACACUCUCUACACCUUUACUUGUCUCCCAGGUCUUUUGAAACCUUUUCCAUUUUACUUAUUUGCAAAUAUUCUGUUGUAUGGACUUUGGUAAAGAGACUGGAAGUCUGAUUCUAGAAUUGAUCUACUGCUAAACUGUAAUUUCCCAUUUAUAAUUACCCAUUUUCAUGUUUUGUAACACAAGGGAAUUUUAUGGUUAAUCCGUUCUGAGCA